AUGGGCCGGCUACCGUCACACAUUUUCAUUGUAAGACAUGGCAACCGACUCGAUGCCGCCGACAAGCAAUGGCACCUCACGUCGCCAACCCCUUACGAUACCCCCCUGACCUACGGCGGCUUUCUGCAGGCCAGGCAGGUGGGCAACCAGAUUGGGAGCAUUCUAGAGCAAGCCAAAGUCGACGCUGAGGUGACCAAAAACGGCGCUGGGCUGAGCGGGAAGCGCAGACGGUUCAGAGUGGUCAUCCACAGUUCGCCGUUCUUGCGAUGCAUCCAGACGUCGAUAGGAAUCACCUCAGGCCUUGCGCAGUUGGCGCCCGAAUCCAUAUACCAGCCAUCCGAUGUCAUCAUUCCGCGAAAGGCGCCAAUCGGCCAGCAGAGCCCGCACAAGUCCGCCUUGCUCCGGCUGGAUACGUUCCUGGGAGAGUGGCUCACGCCAGAGUACUUUGAGAUGAUCACACCACCUCCCGGAGCAGCUCUGAUGAUGGCCAGUGCAAAGUCAGAGCUUCUACGGCGCGAAGAUUACAGCAUGUACACAAGCGCUCCGGUCUCUGCUAACAGUCGUCCGGCGUCGAAAGGCGCUCUCUGGAGCUCGCCUGUCUCUACUCUGCAGCCGCCUGCUUCACCUACAUUGGAAAGAGGCGGCGUUUUUGCCCCGUCGGCCAUGGCCGCCGCGCUGUCCUCCGCGUCGCAGGAGCAGAAGAAAGGCUAUGCCCCCCCUCGACCGCUGCAUGCCAUUUCGAGUAACGGAAAGAUUCCGGAUGGAUUCGUCGCUCAUGCCAGAGACUCGUGCGCUGUGAUUGACUACCAGUGGGACUCAAUGAGAGCCCCGCUUGAUUUUGGCGAUGGCGGAAAGCUAGGCGAAGAGUGGGCGUCGAUGCACCACCGCUUUCGCUCAGGGUUGAAGAGGAUGGUAAACUGGUAUGCGACGAUGGACUGUCCCGACGAGAUGCUCUGCACAUCUACGACCAAUGAUAACGACCAUAACUGCAAUGAUAGCGGCUAUGGUGAAGAGGAGGAUGAGGAAGUCGAGACGGUCGUCAUCAUCGUGUCUCACGGUGCUGGCUGCAAUGCUCUGAUUGGUGCCGUCACGCACCAGCCUGUUCUUAUGGAUGUUGGAAUCGCCUCCAUCACAGUAGCUGCUAGAAAAGCGGAUGCUGAUUACCCCAAAGCUCUUGCCGUUGCAGCAGAGCGCCAGGGCGGUGCUGUGCCUCCGCUAGCUGCUGUCGAUGAUUUGUACGAUAUACGCCUCUCGGCAAGCACAGAGCACCUGCGUUCUAAUUCUGGAGCAUCCAUUACCGGGCCAUCAGCGUCGCCCAGGAACACCUGGAGUGCUUCAGGUCGCCGUGAUCGCGCAUCAGUAUUAGCCAGCCCAACCACUACGGAGGGACCUGUCCUGAGUCCCUUUACCGGUCUCGUCUAUGGCAGCCGAAGUAGUUCUGCAAACGCUUCAGCCGGCCCCUUUUCGCGACGAGACUCGGGCUCCAGCCGAAGGUCCCCUAAAGUCGCACCGCCUGCAGGUAUGACCGUGAACGUCUCCGGCGGCAACGAAAGUAGCGGGCAGACCGCAGGACGGGGGAGUAUGUCAUCUUCUUCUGGCCUAUGGACACCCGCACGCUCUGCGCUGCGUUUUAUAGACGAUGUCGAUGAGGAAGCGGUAGUGGAUUAUGAUAGCAUGUUCCCCGACUUUGAUAACAAGCGAUUCAGCCCCAACCCCAUAUCGGACGAAAACGUCAAGCCAUCGAAAGAAACAAAGUCAAAACCAUUCCCAUUCCUGGACCGGGCAGCUGAGCGCUCAACUUCUCCAAAGGGGGGCAUCUUCUCCGCCCCUAUCAAAAUCAACACGGAACUGGCCUCCAAGGCAUUUGGAGGCCCGGUGGAAGAGAUGCCACUGUCACAACUUGGCGGCCUGUGGAAUUUAGCUGUGCCUGAACCGGACGUAUCUAGGGAUUGGAGUCAGACGAAGAGGAGAUGGACUGUUAACGAGAGAGCUUGA